GCCAGCAUCUGCUUCCUCACCUGCAUCAGCAUCCAGCGCUACUUCUUCCUGUACCAGCCCUUCAGGGCCAAGGACUGGAAGCGGCGCUACGACGUGGCCAUCAGCGCCGUGGUCUGGCUCUUCGUGGGGGUGGCCUGCCUGCCCUUCCCCAUCAUGAGGGGCUACGGGCUGGCCAACAACAGCCACACCUGCUUCGCCGACCUCCAGGUGCGGCCCAUCCGAAGCAGCGUGGCCACGGUGCUGAUGACGGGCAUGGCCGAGCUCUUCGGCUUCGUGGGCCCGCUCGUCAUCAUCUUGUUCUGCACCUGGAAAACAAAGAACUCCCUCCGGGGCUUCCACAUCCCGCAGGAGAACAGCGGCGAGAGGCGCAAGGCCCAGCGGAUGGUUUCCAUGUGUGCCGUGGUGUUCUGCGUGUGUUUUGCCCCCUACCACAUCAACUUCUUCUUCUACAUGUUGGUGAAAGAGAAGGUCAUCACCGACUGCUUCCUGAGCACCAUCACGCUCUACACACAACCCUUCUGCUUAAGCCUCGCCAGUCUGGACUGCUGCCUGGAUCCCAUCAUCUAUUUCUUCACGACUUCAGAGUUCCAGGACCAGAUAUCCAGGCACAGCAGCAUGGCCAUCAGGAGCCGGCUCAUGAGCAAGGAGAGCGGCUCGUCGGUUAAGGAGUGACAGGAAAGCCAGCUGAAAAAAACUCAGAUAUUUCAUAGGAGAUCUGGGACUGUUCUGGGAUACUCAAUUACCAACUCCAUUCU